GGUUUGGGAUGGGUUGGAUGGGAAUGGGGGGGCACGAUGGGCAGAAUGGCCAGCUCUCUCGGUGAUAACAGUUCACUGGAUUGCUGUGUUUUUCAGUGAUGAGGAGGCAGGGCGGGGAAUGCUGUGCUGGGGUCGAUGUGAAUGAUAGAUGUUGCUGCCCGUGAGUUACGGUGAACGCUGCUCGUGCCCUCCCUCCCUGGGCUGCGCUCGCGCCGGAGCCGUUUAACUGCCGUACAGGCCCCUUGGCAACCGGCCCCCCCUCCGCAAACGGUCUCCCUUGGCAACCGGCCCCCUCCCUUGACAACUGGUUCCCCCUUCGCAAACGGUCUUCCUUGACAACCGGCCAUUGCUGUGACAGGAGGCGGAGGAAGUUCCGGCUCCGACACCGGGGAUCAUGAGGCAGGCUCUUGUCGACGACACCGAGGACGUGUCCCUGGAUUUCGGUACCGAGGAAGAGGAGGAGCUGGCGCUGAGGAAAAACAGGAUCAGACAUCCACUAGCAACAUUUUUCCACCUGUUUUUCCGUGUAAGUGCCAUCAUUACUUAUCUCUUCUGUGACUGGUUCAGCAGAAGCUUUGUUGCCUGUUUUGUGAUGAUACUGCUCCUCUUGUCCUUUGACUUCUGGUCAGUAAAGAAUAUAACUGGAAGGCUCUUGGUUGGUUUACGCUGGUGGAACCAGAUUGAUGAAGAUGGAAAAAGCCACUGGCUUUUUGAAGCCAAAAAGACUACCCCUAAAAAUAGAGCAUCAUCGACUGAAGCAGAAGCUCAGAUCUUCUGGCUUGGCCUAAUUGUCUGUCCCCUAAUAUGGACCGUGUUUCUUUUCAGUACUUUGUUCUCCCUGAAGCUGAAGUGGCUGCAGGCGGAUUGGUUGAUUGAACACAUGGCUGGAGACUGUUGUAGAAGAAUGGCAUCAGAUUUCGGGACAGCAUCGGGACCAUCUUUGGGACAGGCCUUGGUGAUAGCAGGACUUUCCUUACAAGCUGCUAAUCUAUAUGGAUAUAUCCGUUGCAAGCUUGGGGGAAACAAGAACGUUACAAAAGCAGCUUCAAUAUAUCUAGGCCAACAACUCUUCCAAAGGACACAUUGGAACAGCAAUGACAAGAAACAGAAGUCCUUCAAAUAAGUUUUGUUUGGUACCAUGAAGAUUAAUCUACUGCAUCAACCAGAUGGAUUUGUUUCUAAAUCGUCCGUAGUAGCCACAAUGAAUAUGUUCUGAAUGGGACUGCAAGUGAUAAUUAUGCCAAUGCCAAGAGUAGAUAUGUAAGCUAAAGUUAUUUUAUUUAUGUUGUAAAUUUUGAAAAACACUUUGUUCUGAAAGUACAGUGCCUUUCUCACUUCUGAGGUUUAUUAAAAUGUCAACAUACAAGUUCAA